CGUGGAGUGAGCAGCUCGCAGCCAGCCAGCCAGCUAGCCAGUAGCCAGUAGCCAGUAGCCAGUUAGCCCAGUUAGUUAGUGUUAGUGAUAGACCGGACCACCAAUGCCAGCCUUUACCUUAAACGAGAGCAGCCAGCAGAGCCACAGCAGCAGCAGGAGCAGCAGGAGCAGCAGCAGCAGCACACACAUCAGCCACGGCCGCCAGGUGCUGCUGGUCGCCAUGAUCCUGGCCGCCUGGAUGCCGUCGCACACAGAGGGCCGCCACCUGCGGGACAAGGUGGCCCUGGACUACGCCUACGAGGAGGACAACUCCGGACGCUCCUCGUCCUCGUCGGCGGGCGACUUGCUGCCCGCCUUCGAUGUGAACCCGUACCGCGGCCUGGCCGAGAGCUUCGGCGAGGGCAGCUACGACAGCGACCUCAGCCUGAGCGAGAGCAGCUACGAGGAGAUCGCCCAGGCGGCGAUCCGGGCCGCCAGGCGGGAGAUGCGCCGCCAGAGGACGCGGCACGCCCGCAGCCACAACCUGCGGCUCUUCGCCAGCAAGUCGGAUGUGCCGGAGUGGGAGAACCCCUGCGGCGGCACCUACACGGCAGACGAGAGCCUGGGCGACAGCAGCGCCAGCCAGGGACGGGUCAUCAAGCGCAAGCACCUCGAGAACCUGCGGAACAUCACCAUGAGCGAGUACCAAGACAUUACCCACCGCGCCACGCUGGAGUACGGCAACCACCAGCACUGGCAGCGCGAGUACAAGUUCCUGCCGAACAUGACGAAGCCCACGAGCGCGGUGAAGCUCAAGACCUGGUACCGCCACAUGCAGACCUUCGUGGGCAGCUUCUCGUACCUGGGGCGGGCGCAGUACAAGUUCCGCAAGGACCAGCAGAAGAGCAUCAACGAGGCGGUCACCAAGGAGCUGCACGACCUGCUGGUCAGCGCCCGCUACAUGCUCUGCGAGAUCGAGUCGACCAUCAACUCCUCGUACCCCAACAGCAACGGGGCCAAGCUCAGCCGGGUGAGUCGCCAGGCCAUGGAGGACCGGCUCAACUUCCACACGCCCGCCAACGGCUCGGCGGAGGCGGACCAGCGCGACCUCAAGGUCAGCAAGGAGCUGUACUUCCAGUACCUGGACAACGUGUGGAAGACGCUGCACCGCGUCCUGCGGCGACCGCGACGCAACAGCGCCGAGCGGCGUCACCUGGCGGCGGCGGCGACGGGCCGUGGAGCGAGCGGCCUGCGGGCGGGCAGCUCGGAAAUGCUCGACCUGGGCUCUUCCAGCGCGUCCGGAGUGAGUUCCGGCUCGGACGGCGGCUCGGUCGAGUCCUGAGCUGCGCCUGAGCCAGCCAGCCGCGUCCGCAUCACGCCCUUCCAGUAUUACAGCGAGUGCUGCCGAGAGCCACAUUCCCAGCUCAGCGCCGCAGCAGCCUCCCUGCUUUCCAGCUUCCAAGCCAAAUAGAGGACCACCCGACCAGCCCAGCGGGACAGAACGAAGAAUUUUUGUCGAAUGCCAUUUAGACACGUACUUUAGUAUUUAUUAUUUAUUGAGAGCAUCGAGUAUUAGAGCGCCUUCCAUUCCAGUUGCCAAACGAAGCGGAGGGGCACCCACCCACUCCGGUCCACUCCGGACCACUCCAGCCCACUCCCUUUCCCCACUGCACCUCCAUCUGGCCCAGAGCCACCUCGACUAUUUAUUUCCCAUUUAGAAUAUGGCUAUUUUUUCUCUAUGUGUAGUAAUUUAUUUAUUUAUUGUAUACCCAUACUGUAUUUACACCAAUUUAUUUGUGAACGGCGAGACAAGCUUGCCAAGGAAACCCAACAAAAACCAGCCACAAACAAAAAAAUGCUUAAAUCUACUGUGAUUUAUUUUAAGUACUUUUUUUGAAUAGUCCUUAGUGAAUGUGAAAAUCGAUUGUGAACGAAACGAG